AUGUACACGCAGCGCCCACUGUCCUACGCUCCUACUCCAUACAGCUACAUGCCUAACCCUGCUCGGUCGGCCUCAAUUAAUCUCGAUGAAGAAGUGAAAUUGAUUUCCAACUCCGGAGAACGAGAUCUUUACGAAUCGCUCGCCGAAAUAUACAGCAUUAUCGUCACUCUCGAUGGCCUCGAGAAAGCAUACAUCAAGGACGUCGUCACCGAGGCGGAGUACACCGAGACAUGCACACGGCUCCUGAAGCAGUACAAAUCGAGUGUAGGUGACGAGUCCGUGUCGCGAGAAUUUGUGGAUCUGGAAACUUUCAAACGCACAUGGGGGUUGGAGUGUCCCCGCGCAACCGAACGACUACGCAUCGGACUACCUGCGACCGUCGAGCAGGCCUCACACGGCGCAACUGCAGCCAACAAUACAGCUUCCGGUGGCGGCGGCGCAUCGGGCAGCCUAAUCUUGGCGGCGACUGAGAACUUCAUCACCUUCCUCGACGCGUUGAAGCUGAACAUGUUAUCAAAAGACGCCUUGCACCCUUUGCUCUCGGAAGUGAUCCAAUCGGUCAAUAAAGUCACAGACGGAGAUUUUGAAAGCCGCGGCAAGAUCAUUCAAUGGUUGAUUGCGUUGAAUCAGAUGCGAGCGACGGAGGAACUGAAUGAGGAUCAGGCUCGGGAGUUGUCAUUCGAUAUCGACCAGGCCUACCAAGGUUUCAAGGCGACUUUGACCUAG